AUGGUAAAUCCUUUCGAGAACGAUGCCAACGGCGAGACCGAGUACAGGACAUUAACAUGGCUCAAUGCCGGCUUCCUCCUUGUCGCUGAGACAAUCUCUUUGGGUAUUCUCUCUCUACCUGCUGUCGUUGCCAGCAUGGGCUUUGUCCCUGGUUGCAUCCUCAUUGUCUUCUUCGGUCUCCUCACCACUUACACUGGAUAUGUCACCUACCAAGUCAAGAUCGCUUUCCCCGGAAUUCACAAUUUUGCGGACGCUGGUCUCUUCUUCUUUGGAAGAUGGUUCAAAGAGGUUUCUGAAGCCGCCCAGAUCAUCCUCCUGGUCUUCAUCAUGUCCGCUCACAUCUUGACCUUCUCCAUCAUGUUGAACGUCCUUACCAACCACGGAACUUGCACCAUUGUUUUCACUGUUAUUGGCAUGGUUGUGUCCAUGAUCCUCUGCAUUCCGAGAACCAUGAAGAACGUCGCUCUCAUGUCUAUUGCCUCUUGCUUGUCCAUCGCGACUGCCAUUUUCAUUGCUAUGAUUGGCAUCGGUGUCGAUCCUCCUGCUGGCGCCCACGCUUACGCCGUCACUCCUUCGAGCAUGACUUCUUUCCGCACUGGUGUUGUGGCCGUCGCCAACAUCCUGGUUUCGUUCUGCUCCAACAUCGCCUACUUCGGUUUCAUUUCUGAAAUGAAAAACCCCAGAGAUUUCCCCAAGGCGUUGGGCAUGCUGCAGACUUGCACUUGCUCUCUUUACCUCGUCGUCGCUGUUGUCAUCUACCGCUUCGCGGGUACAGACGUGAAGUCUCCCGCCAUUGGCUCUGCUAGCCCCAUCGUUCGCAAGGUCGCCUACGGAAUCGCCAUUCCCACCAUCGUCGUCGCCGGGGUCAUCUACGCUCACGUCGCUACCAAGAACGUCUACGUUCGCAUCUGGCGCAAGACCAACGUCAUGAACGAGAAGAGCUUCCGCUCGCUCGGCAGCUGGUAUGGACUCACCAUCUUGCUCUGGGUCAUUGCCUGGGUCAUCGCAAACGCCAUCCCCGUUUUCAGUCAGCUUCUCGGUCUUCUCGGCUCUCUCUUCUGCACUUGGUUCUCCAUGAUCUUGCCCGCUGCUUGGUGGCUCAUGAUGAACAAGAGACAACUUACUGCAAACUGGAAGAAGAUCACGCUUACCAUUCUCAACAUCGCCAUUGCCCUUAUCGGUCUUGCCCUUUGCGGCUUGGGUGUUUGGGGCAGUGUUGUUGACAUCUCAAACAACUCUGGCAGUGCCAGCGCUUUCUCCUGUGAGGACAACUCAUAG